AUAAGAACUUUUACGUUCUCUCUGUAGAGUUACCCGCCGUACUGGCCUACUGAAGGAUCCGCACAAUAUGGUAGCAUUACUUUACAGAAAAUGUCGGAAAACGCUUCAAAGAGCAUCACGACUAGGAGGUUUAGUGUGUCAAAUACAAAGCGACCAAGAAAACAGUCAACUGUGCAGCACUUACACUUCACUGGAUGGUCCAACCCUGAGUCGUGCCCAGAUCCUAAGGAAAUACUCGACUUGCUGGCUGCUAUACAACGGUCCCAGCAACAAACAGGAAAUGGCAUUAUUGUUUUUCAGUGCAGUGAUGGAGUUGGUCGCAGUGGCUGUGUGUCCACCAUAAUGUCAGUGAUAGAACGAAUCAAGACUGAACAAACAGUUGAUGUGUUUCAGACUGUUAAACUGAUUCGAGCCAGGAGACCUGGUGCUGUUGACACUUUGGAUCGCUACGAGCUGUGUUACAAGACAAUCCAAGCAUACCUGGACUCCUUUAGUACUUGUUCAAAUUUUGCAGAUUGUUAAAGAGUUAUCUCAACAGUUACAUGAUUCCUAAUUUAAAGGUUAGGUCAGCAUAUAUGAUUCCUAAUUUAAAGGUUAGGUCCGCAAGUCGGUCAGUGAGUCGCGCAGUCAGACAUCAUUUUAUUUCAUUGGUAGGCUUUUAUGAAAAGGGUCUAUGACAUAAAAGACGAGAAACAAUGAAUUGGGAACGGUGUACUUUAAGUAUUAAGAGGGCCUUUCCAAAAUACGUCAUUUCUUCAUAAUUUUUUUACUUGUCUGAGGAGUAACAAUAAAAAGUCGACAAGCCGUGUGGUAGUGGCCAUGGACUAUUUUUGAACUGGCCUUUCUGUCUGAGGGUUUCUUGUGUCUCGUGUUUGCUAGACCUAUUUUAAGGAGAAACACUUUUUAUCGAUAUAUGACUGUAGGAAGAUUACUGUUCUGACCGGGACAAACCAAAUCUGACACGUUUCAACGACUGAAAUAAAUUUGUCUGUUUUUGUGUUUCGUUUUUUACAAGACGAGGAUAUACAAACCAGUGGCAAAGACAGUUUAAAAAGUAACUUAAUUUUUUUAACAAAAAUGUCAUUACGUGCCUUUUUUGUAAUCUUUGACGAUUAAUUAUGAUAUGUUUAUUACAUAGCUGUAGAGAGAUAGUUUAAAAUAAUCAACAGAGAAAUUUUUCUGAUUAUUGUAAGUAGAUCCCUGAUGGGUAUUUCAAAAAAUAUCACAUUUUAUUCGAAAAUAAUAAUAUUAUAUCUUCCUUGUGAGAUAGAUAUUCAGUAUAUUUUAAAGUGUAUAUAUCAGAUAUCUUUUUUUCAUUUGCUUGAUGGAAUCUACAUGAGAUCGUGGUAUGGAAAUCGAAAAAAAAUGGACAUCGUUGUUUCUUCACCACGUUUUACCCAUCUGAAAACACUUCUGGGUUGGGUCAGAAACCGCGAGGCCCGGACCUAGUUAGUCCGUGACGUCAAAACAUAAACGUAGGUAGAGAUAUCUUUCUAACCAAACAAUAGACACGAAAAAAGUAAGUGAAAUAUAUUAGGAAUUAGACACAAUUUUGGAUCAAAAUUGUAAAACAUUACGAAAGAUUUGGGAAAGAGCCCUAAGAAAAUGCGCGCGCUGAUUGGUUAAAAAUCGUGUUUCGACGAAAGAUAUGUAGACCUACAUUCUUGUUUUGAUGUCACGGCCUGACAAGUCCCAAGCCCCCGCGGUUUCUAACCCAACUGGAAGUGAAAUUCAGAUGGCUAAAGCACGGAAAGGAAAAAACGAUACCCGCAUUUUUUUUUGUUUUUUUCGCUUUCCAUAUCAUGAUCUCAAGUAGAUUCCAUCAAGCAAAUUUUAAAAAAAUAUCUGUCAUAUACACUUCUAAAUUAUACUAAAUAUCUCUCAUUAAAAUCUAAUCUAUCUCAUCCUGCAAAGCAGUUUGUAAGUAAUGAUUUGUUUAGAGCUACAUGUACCAUGAAACCUUGAUUGAACGAACCCCCAGAUACCGAGGAUUGUUGAUACAAUAGAGAUAUAAUAUAGAAAUUUUAAAUAGGAUGACAAAGCAAGGUAACCACCUUAAACUGCUGCUAUAAUAUUUGAAUGAACGAAAAAGGCAUUUUAUUAUCAUAAUAUAGAGAUACACUGCAUCGAAAUUGUGGAAUUCUAUACCAGACGAAACCAGGAAGAUUCAAACACAUGGCUUUUGAGAACAAUUUAAAAACAAUAAAUCUCACGGGACUAUGAGUGAGUGAAAUGUGUGACAACGGUUAUGACAAUUUUACAUUUUACACUUAGUUCAGUUAGACAUAUAUUGUAACUAAACCAUCUUAAUUUGUGAUUCAUUUUUAAUUGUAGUUUAUCUUAACUUUAUACACUUCCAAUGAAGUUUUUUAACUUUUUAUUUUUAUCUUUAUUAUUUCUUGGCGUACCUGGAAACUAGCUUGCAGCUAAGCGUACUGACCACGUUAAUAAAGCCAUUGAUUGAUUUGAUUAACUGAUUGAUUGAUUAUCAUGGCUGCCUUUUAACCGUAAUUUACAGAUAUUUUUCUUUAGUAUACCACUUUUUAGGGUAAUUUUUGGUGAAUUUGUAUCUAGCUUUAUCAUGAAGAGGAUAUUACACAGCGGCGCAAAGAUAUGAAUUUUAUUUUCGGGUGGUAACACCAAUACUGUGUUUGACGAACGCGCGCAGACCUUGCAGUGACCUUUUUAAAUAAAAACCGUGUUUUUAACUACUGUA